CAGAAAUAUAUAAUUUACAUCUCUCGUCUAUGUUUAAAAAUUUAAAUUUAUUGCAAAGAUUUUCAGUUAUAAUUUUUUUAAUAUUGGAUCAUGUAGGAAUGGCAGUAGGUGCUUUUCUGUUUGGAACCAUAUCAGAUGUUGCAGGUCGUAAAGAAUUGAUUCCAAUUACUAUGGGCAUCGUGUUUUGCGCCUCGGCUAUUCUUUCUUUCGCCCAAGCUAAUUUCUUGAUAAACUUAUCGGUAUUCUUGUUAGGAUUGGGAGUGGCUGGAAGUAAUACUAUUUUGAGAGUGUAUCUCAUCGAGUGCCUACCGAUGAAAAAGAGAGGAGCUUGUUUAGCUGUAAUCGACAUGUUUUGGAUGGUCGGCUAUUUAUCAGCCUUAGGCGUUUCCUGGUUCAUGAUGCCGUCCGUCGUGCGUAUGCUGGACAAGCAAUUCAGACCGAGUUCCUGGCGAGUACUCGCCCUUGUCAGCGGCACGCCGAGCCUGGUGAUCGCCUGCAUCUCGGCUUUCCUACCGCCGAGUCCUCGGUAUUUGUUGCACCGUCGACGGAUGGGACAAGCGCUCACGGUUCUCCAACAGAUGUACGCCAUCAAUAAUUCGAAGCACGCCGAUACCUAUCCGGUACGGCGACCCGACGCGCUCCAUCGAGAUCUCGUUAUCAGAGACUUAGAAGGCUACGUACGUCCAGACGACGAGAAUGGAACUGGCAGUAUUCAAAGAUACUUUACGAAAACCUGGGAACGACUCAACAGAGUACGCAAGCCUCCGUAUAAGCGUAUGACACUGUACGGAAUGUUAGCGUGUCUUCUGCACUUUCCCGGAUUCGUCUGGCUCGCUCUGUGGAACACGCACGUUCUCCGAGAAAUGGAAAAAGACUACGUCGUAAACGGGAACGAUACGUGCAAGAUCGACGUCCAGGACAUGGUAAUGGAUUUUUUACGAAGCUGCGACGAGGUGAACGAGCCUCAUUUCGGCCUGCUGUCGCUGAUAUCGCUGGGCUACGUGCUGGGAGAGACGUUGCUCAUCGUUGGAAUCGAUGCCAUUGGCAGAAGGCCCUAUUUAAUAUUUUCGGGACUGGUGGGUGGCGUGGCCUCGCUCAUGCUUAUUCUUCGGUUGCACCACGCGAUUCGUGUAACUCUGUCGUUGAUUUUCCUGGCCGCUUACGCUAUCGGGCGCACAACGACGUGCGUUUUGCUGCUGGAAAAUUAUCCCACCGCUCUGAGGGGCACGGUGAUGGGUCUGACGAAGACGCUUCCUCACUUGGUGGUCUUCGCGUUGCAGCUCUUUCUAAGGACGAGUUGCCUGCUAAGUAUAAUCGUCGCGUCGGCCAGCUUGAUGGGUACGAAGAAGCAUUUUGCCGUUACGUUUAUUACGAUCUGCUAUAUUAAAUAUCGAACAUCUCGCAGGUGCGGCGAUCGUGAUGCUGCUAGUGCCCGAUUUAACCAGAUUACCGAUGAAAGAAUAGUUCAUACUUUUGAGUAUAAGAGAGAAGGUGUACUUUCUGGAACUGCGCGACUGUAUUUUUCUCAAAUAAACAAAAAUCCCUUUAUGCGCAUCCUCCUUUCCCGUGCCGUUUAUCGCCCUGGUGAACAUUUUUCUCAGAACUUUUCGUAUAAUAAAUUAGUUAAUAUAAUUAUAAAUUAUCACUUUUUUCUUGAACUCUUUUACCAGGGUGUUUACGACCGAGAAAACCUAUUUCAGGAAAUUUAG